AUUGGAAUCCCAUCUCCCCAACAGAUUUUCAGGAUAUACUAUAAAUAUCUGGUAUCUAUUUCAACGCCCUACUCACCCCUAGGUUCAGUCUGACAAGCCAAACAGGCACCAUGACUACCACACAAAAUCCCAAAGACUCGAUGAAAUCUACGUGGACAACCUGGCCACGAGAACAAUGGAAUUAUCAUCACAAAAUUUUGGAUUUCCUCGAUAUAUAUCCAGUUGAUCCGAAAACGGAAGUACCAGUUCACUCUAAAGGAGAGAAGAUUCCAUAUUUCAACGAAUGGUCGGUCCAUCUUUGGAUACUUUUUCACGCUGCGAUUCCUCUUGUCCUUCACCAACUAUGCACUUCUUACACGGGCCACAUCUUUAGCCCCAUCGCUGCUUUUAAUCUCUAUUUUAUGGCAUUUAAUAUCAUCGUUGUUCACGAAGCACGCAUCCUUCGUCGACUUGGGCAUGCAUAUGGAUUCUUGGACGGUGAUAAACAUGAACGCGAUGGCAUUCCAGAUGUUGGUGUGGCGAAAGUCGCAAAGUCUCUUUACAAGACUACUGGCUCCAGGCUUAUUGCUGCGGUCUAUUUGACCUACAAGCCUGGCGAGUUACCUAUUGAUAUGAAUUGGAAGUGGCUCUUCUUAGAGAUCGGUCUGUAUGGGGUUGUCCUUGACUUUUGGUUUUAUUGGUAUCACCGUCUCAUGCAUGAUGUUGGCGGCCUCUGGAAGUACCACCGCACUCACCAUUUGACCAAACACCCGAAUUCGCUAUUGGCAGCCUACGCAGACCACGAGCAAGAGUUCUUCGAUAUGGUUGGCGUUCCUCUCAUGACAUAUUUCACGCUGAAACUCAUGGGCUUGCCAAUGGGCUUUUAUGAAUGGUGGGUAUGUCAUCAAUAUAUUGCCUUUACCGAGGUCCUAGGACACAGCGGCAUUCGCGUAUACGCCCCUGCGGCAUCGACAUUCACAUGGUUAUUGCAGUAUUUUGACGCGGAGAUUAUCGUCGAAGACCAUGACCUCCACCAUCGCAAGGGUUGGCGGAAGAGUCAUAACUAUGGCAAACAGACUCGUGUCUGGGAUCGACUAUUUAGCACCUGCCAUGACCGUAUUGAAUCGGCUCGAGACAAUAUCGACUAUGAGAAGCCUGUUUCGAUCCCUCUUCUUUGAAUGAUGGUAUUGCUGGCUCUUUUGAUGAUCACGGACAUGGUUCAUGAAUAAAUAGUCUCUGGAAUCCUGGAUAACCAGUCUGGCUUUCCGAGAAGUAUAUAUAGCUAGGAAUUUAGAUAAUGUAUUCCUCAAUAACUAAUAUCCUUGCAGAUUUAGACAAACAAGGACCAAGUUCCUCUACAUUAACUUUCACUUACUGUUACAG